GUGCUUGUGCCUCACUCGAUCACGUAGUCCACUGAAGCCAAAGAAGAAUACACACAAACUGACAAACACAGAUGAAAGAUAGCCGCCUGAUAACAUAACACAAAGCCACACAUAUACUGAAUCUGAUACUCUUCGACAGUCCGACUCGCGCAUCGUGAAGCUCGAAUUAAAAGUUCACCAUGGAUGAAAGUAUUUUGCAGCAAGAAGCGCCUCAAAAUCCAUCGACAGAUGAAGUGAUACACAUAGAUUUGGAAAAUCAAGAAGUGAAGAGUGAUGAUAAACGAGAGGAGAUAUGUGAUGAGAAGGCCAAAAAGACUUCACCGGCGUGGGAUUAUUUUGUGAAAAUAGCGGGCUGUCCAGUGGGAAAAGAGAAAGCCAAAUGCAGUUUAUGUAAUGUUGUGAUAGGAUGUUUUUCACGAAACGGCACUUCGGCAAUGAUGAAUCACUUGAAAACGGAUGGUUUGAAAGAACAACAUGAAUCAAUUUGCAGCUUGAGAAAUUGGAAAAUGAUGAGCUAACUGGGGUUGGAGCUUCCAUUCAGCACCUAGACAUUGACGAAGAUUAGCAUAUAACUUGCUUUUGAGAAUGUAAUAGGCGAUCCAGGAGGCAUGAAACUGAUAUGCUUUUGAGGCAUGAAACUGAUCAACUGAAUGUGUAUUAAUAUUUAUGUAAACUUUGGAUGGAUCAUGGAUGGAUGCAUAAUUCUUACUUAAGUUUUAAUUAUUUAUGUAUAAUUAUUCUUUCUUUUUUUAAGCGGUUUUAUAACCGAAACCGAACCGAUAGAAACCGAAUCCGAGGAUUUGGAACCGAAACCGAAUCCGAGGAUGAGGUUGCGGUUGAGGUUUUCGAUUUCUAAAACCGAGGGCAUGCGGUUGCGGUUGCGGUUUUAUCCAAAAACCGCACCGAACC